AUGACAAACCGUAAACGACAUUGUAUGAACAAGCGACAUCAAAGCCUUGUGCAAGAGCACAAGGAACGUCAAAUGGAACGGGAUUCUCGGAGGGCGGCGGCUUUGGUUUUGAAUCAGGAGGCAAUGGAUAUCGAUCAGACCACUGAUGUUGCACCUGACAGGAACGAACAUGAAAAACUGACUGAAGAUACUCACAGGGAUGUUGAGACCCAAACGUUUGAAGAUCCCGAGGAAGUCCCGCUGAGUCAAUUCGAGGAGGAAGAUUCAGAUGAUGAGGAAGGAGAGCUGCAAUGGACUGAUAUGAUCGAAAUCGCAGUUGGCCAAAUUAACUCUGAGCCAGAAGAAGCUGCUCUUGCUGCAACGGAUCCGCUCUUUCGUCGUGAGGAAGCCGAGAUUGCAAAAAUUCGGCCGGAUAACUCUGCGUGGUAUCCUUUUCUCAAUAAAGAGUACCUUGUUGGCUCGUUGCUGAUUGGAUAUCUCCAUAAACUCAUAUCUCGAGACAUGUACCAUCAAAUCCGCAUUGUCUUCACCUUGUACCACAUUCGGAUUCCUCGCUGGGAGGCGGUUCGACUCCAGCGCGCAAAGAUUCGUUCGUUGGUUAAUCACACUAUAAUCGAAAAAGAAACGGUUUUUGGUCAGCCAGUGUUUGGAUUGGAUGCUAGGGAAUUAAUCAAGGAUGUUGGUACUUACUUACCUAUAGAAGCUAUUUUUGGGCCCGGUGAAUUUCUAAGCUGA